AUGGCAAAAAAUUCUCUGGAAGGGUCUAAGGAAGACUUGAACAAAAUUUCAGAAGAAGAGAUGAUGAGAUGGAGCAAGGAAGAGCUGGUGAAAAGAUUGAGGAAAGUAGAAAAUGAAAAAAUGAACUUAAUGGUGGAACAUGGCAACUUAAUGAAGGAUGUAAACAGGAGGCUGCAGGUUCAUCUGCAUGAGAUCAGGGGGCUCAAGGAGGUGAAUCAGAAAUUACAGGACGAUAAUCAGGAACUGAGAGAGCUCUGCUGCUUCUUGGAUGAUGACCGGCAGAAAGGCAAAAAACUGUCCAGGGAAUGGCAGAGGUUUGGGAGGCACACGGCCAGUGUGAUGUGGAAAGAAGUUGGGAUGUAUCAACAGAAGCUGAAGGAGCUAGAGGCAAAGCAGGAGUCCCUCAUGAGGGAGAACAUGGAGCUGAAGGAGAUAGUCCUCAUGCUAGAUGAAGAGAGAAAUGGAGCUGGCUCUAGGAGCUCUAUAGACAGCCAGGCCAGUUUGACCAAUUUGAAUGGGAGCUCUGGCACCAGGGAUGUGGGGGAUGGGAGUAGCACCUCCAGCACUGGGAGCGCAGGGAGCCCAGAUCAUCAUCACCAUCACCUCCACCAUCACAAACCUGUCGAGAAUAAGGCUGGAGCAAUAAGGAGAUCUAUGGAUGACUUGUCUGCACCCCUUCACCACAGGAGUAUCCCCAAUGGUCUCAAUGAUUCAUCUUCCAACUACAUCAGGCAACUUGAAACAAAAGUCAAACUGUUGGAGGAUGACAACAAACUCCUUUCUCAGCAAUCUAGCUCUGGGGAUUUGAGGACUCUAAGAAAAGGGUUAUCCCCGUACCACUCUGAGUCACAGCUGUCAUCACUGCCGCAGUAUCAGGAUGCCAUGCAAAAUGGCCCAGCUCGUAUGACUCCUGAUCUUGCUUCCUCUCCUGUGGCAGGAUAUGUCCCUGUGGGUCAGAAACCGGAGGCUGUGGUGCAUGCUAUGAAGGUCCUUGAAGUCCAUGAAAAUUUGGACAGGCAGAUGCAAGAUAACUUUGAAGAAGACCUGAGUGAAAAGGAGAAAGCAAUUGUUCGUGAAAUGUGCAAUGUUGUCUGGCGAAAAUUGGGUGAUGCAGCAAGUUCCAAACCAUCCAUCAGGCAACACCUUUCAGGAAACCAGUUCAAGGGGCCAUUGUAG